AUGGAGUUUAUUGGCCGAGAAGAGUCAGAUGAUGACUUUGAUGAUGUUCCAUUCUCAAAGUUUAAUGUUGAUAGAGUUGGAUCUUCUGGUGUACAGAAGGAGUUUACUGGUGGGUUUGAUGUCGAUGGUGUGAUGCGUAAGAUGAAGGAGUUUAUUUCUAGGCAAAAGAAGACUGAUGAGUCUAUUGAAGUAUUGAAUAAUGUGUUGGAGGGUAGAUUCAAGGAGUUGCAGUUAAGUCUUCAGUCGUAUAUUGACUCAAAGAUCAGUGAAGGCUUGAUUUUUUUUAUGGAAUUGAAGUUUAAUGAGUUGAAGGAAGCUAUUGAAAAUGCAAAAAUUUCUAAAGAUGGAAAUGAUAGUCCUGAUGAGAGCGAUGGCAAGAAUGAUGAUUUAAAUGAUGUUGAAGUUUUUGAUGUGAAAAGUCAAGAUGCAAUUGAAACUGUUGGACUCGAUGAGAAUAUUCAAUAUACUCAAAGUUAUUCUUGUUUUGUUUUUAAUGAUGAUGCUCCUUCAUUUGAUAUUAUGAGUUUUAUUUCUAGUAAACCUGAUUGGUUGUUGAUGAUCAUGGCCUAUUUAAGGAUGUUGUUAAAAAAUCUAAGGAGGAUGAAGUUUUUUCAUUAUUUAGAUGAUUUGUUACUAUGUUGUUUGUUGUCUCUGUCAAAUGUUUUUUAUGUUUGUUUUGUAUAUUUACAGGGUUUGGGGGGUGGUGAUGCUGUUAAAGCUAUUGGUUCAGAUGGGACAAAUAAAGACAAUGUUGAGGGAAAGAAUACUGAAGAAGCAAAAGAUGUUGCAGAUGGGAGUAAUAAAGAUAAUGUUGAGGGCAGAGCAGUUGAUGUAGAUGCAAGUGUAAAUGAUGUUGAAGGUGUUUCUAGUAAGGGAAAGUUGUUUGAUAGUCAAGGCACUGAGGAUAGUAUCACUGUGUCUGCUUUGGAGAUUAUAAAUGAAAAGAUUGAUGCCUAUGAGGGAAGCAUUAAAAAGGAUAAGUCUUUAAAUAAAUUAGAGGCAACAAAUGCUGAUGUUUUAUCUACCUAUGGGUUGGACAAGACUGAUGUUGUUGGUGUUGAGAAGAAGCAUGGUUCUCAAGAAAGCUUUUCUGUAUCUACCAUGGAGGUUGUUAAUGAUCAUUUGGUUUCCUAUGAAGACAGUUUGAAAAAGGGAAAGUCUAUAAAAUUGGAGGAAGAAACUCCUACAGUUGGAAAUAGAGAGAGGAAACCUAGUUCUGUAUACAACAGUCCGUAUGCCACAGAAUUUGGUUCAGGUAGUAUUGGUAAACCAAAAGGUGGACGUCCUGGAUCAUGUGCUUUUGGAUUUGGCUUUUUCAAUGUGAUUGAUGAUGUGCAAGCUAAAUCUUUUGAUCAGUGGUUUAAGAUUGGUUUAAUGAUAAAAACAAAGUGAAGAAGUUUAAAGAAUGUCAUAGGAAGCUUAAGGUUCCAUUGGAUUUUGUGGUUUGUCAAAUUGAUGAUAAGAUGUGGUUCUAUGAUUUGCUUACUGUUGGGAAGAACUUGUCAUGCUCGCAUAUUGAUGUUUGUUUCUACUAUUUGAGAAAGAAGUUAAAGUAUGACCAGUCUGUGAAAAUUUCUGGUAAUACUACUGAUUGCUUCUUUGCUUCUCAAAUUUUUGAAUUAUAUAAUGAGUUUGUUGCAAGUGGUGAAAAUGUUGAUUCGAUUAAGAAGGAUUCUAAGGCAGCUGCAUACAUAGCGGGUUUUUAUAUGUUAUGCAAUAAACCCUGGGCUGAGCUUGAUUUCGUACUAAUGCCUGUUAACGUGAUUGUUCUUGCUCAUUGGAUAUUGUGUAUUCUUGACAUUAAGAUGAGAUGCUUAAAAGUGUUGAAUUCUAUGAGGUUUGGGAGGUACAAGAACAACUCAGAGAGUUUUGUUCGUGCAUUUGCUGUAAUAAUUCCUAUCUUACUGUCACAUGUUAAUUUCUAUGAGGGGAGAAAAGAUAUUGACAGGAGUAGUAAGCACUGGCAAGGUAAAAAAGAUACUGAUGCGUUUGAUAUUGUCGUGGUUGAUAAUUUGCCACAACAAGAGGAUAGGUAACUAUCUUUGUUUUUUUUUUAUAUUUAUGAUUCUAUGUUAUUGUUUAUUUUUUGUUAUCUGACAAUUGCUAUGGGUUUAUUUUUGUGAUGUAGUGAUUGUGGUGUUUUUAUCAUAAAGUAUGCUCAUUUCUUUAUGCAUGGAUUGAUUGAUAAGAUUCCUAAGAAGUUGGACAUUGCAUUCACUCGUAAGAAGUUGUGUGUUGAUCUGUUUGUUCAUGCAAAGAAGAAGGAGUUGGGUGGGUACGAGUCUACUUCGGAGCAUCCAGGAAGGAUGCCAUAGUUUUAUGUAAUAGAACAACAUGUUGGAUACCUAGUUUACAUUUUUUUGAACUUUAUGUGUAUUUUUAUGUCAUGUUGUUUUGUUUUUAGGUUUAUGUUUGUGUUUGUUUAAGAAACUGUUUGGAACAGUAAUAUUUUAGGAGACUCUUGCCUAUUUUAAUUUUGAAGUAACCUUUUGGUUUACUGGCACA